GAGUGGGCGCAGUCAUGGCUGAGGUAGCGAGCUCGGGGGAGCCGGUGGAAAGUGGCUCUCCGCCGCCGCUAGCUCCCGUCGUUGCCCUCGCCCGGCGGGGAGCGCUCCGCCAGAAAAACGUCCACCAGGUGAAGGAGCACAAGUUUAUCGCCCGGUUCUUCAGGCAGCCGACCUUCUGUAGUCACUGCACCGACUUCAUCUGGGGUCUAGGUAAACAAGGAUUCCAGUGUCAAGUCUGUUCCUUUGUCGUGCACAAGCGAUGCCAUGAAUUUGUGACCUUCGCCUGCCCCGGAGUCGAUAAGGGUGCAAACUCAGAGGAUCCCCGGAAUAAACACAAGUUUAAAGUUCAUACGUACAGCAGCCCCACCUUCUGCGACCACUGCGGCUCACUGCUGUACGGGCUGGUGCACCAGGGAAUGAAGUGUAACAGCUGUGAGAUGAACAUACACAAACGCUGUGUGAACAACGUGCCCAGCCUGUGUGGUAUGGACCACACUGAGAGGCGAGGUCGAAUUCACCUCAAGUGUGAGAUCCACGCUGACAAUGAGCUUCACGUCACAGUGGGUGAAGCCCGGAAUUUGAUCCCAAUGGAUCCAAAUGGACUCUCAGAUCCCUAUGUGAAGCUCAAGUUGAUCCCAGACCCCAAAGGACAAAGUAAACAAAAGACCCGUACGAUCCGGUCAACCCUCAACCCCAUCUGGAACGAGGCCUUCACCUUCUCCCUGAAGCCAUCAGAUCGGGAACGCCGUCUCCUGGUGGAGGUCUGGGACUGGGACCGGACGUCCCGUAAUGACUUCAUGGGAGCUAUGUCGUUUGGAAUCUCGGAACUAUACAACAUCCCUGUGGAUAGCUGGUUCAAACUGCUGACCCAGGAAGAGGGAGAAUAUUUCAAUGUCCCUGUGGUUUCGGAUUCGGCUGAGGACCAGGCAGAGCUGUGUAAAAAGCUGCAGACGAUGAUCCGCAGGACACGAAAACAAAGUGUGGACACACAGGACAGUGCGCAGACCCAGCCCAUAUCCCCCCGUCCUCAAUAUCAAGGUCCGUCAGUCCCAGACCAGAGGGGAUUUUACUCACCGCCCAUAUCCCCCCGUCCUCAAUAUCAAGGUCCGUCAGUCCCAAACCAGAGGGGAUUGUUGUCACCGCCCAUAUCCCCCCGUCAUCAGGAUCCAUCAGUCCCGAACCUGAGGGGAUUGUUGUCACCGCCCAUAUCCCCCCGUCAUCAGGAUCCAUCAGUCCCGAACCUGAGGGGAUUGUGGUCACCGCCCAUAUCCCCCCGUCCUCAAUAUCAAGGUCCAUCAGUCCCAAACCAGUGUGCAUUGUUCUCACCGAAGGUGAAGUUAACCCCUUCCGCACCAAAGCCUUUCAGUCCAACGAAUUCCAAGGUCUCCAUGAAUCUCGGGAACAGAUUUGGACCCUCGGAUUUCAACUUCCUCAUGGUCCUGGGCAGGGGAAGCUUCGGAAAGGUGCUGCUGGCUGAGCUGAAGGGCUCUGACAGGCUGUUCGCAGUGAAGACGCUGAAGAAAGACGUGAUCAUGCAAGACGAUGAUGUGGAGUGCACGAUGGUGGAGAGAAGGGUGUUGUCCAUGGCUGACCCUCCUCACUUCCUCACCCAGCUCUACUGCUGCUUCCAGACUGUGGACCGGCUAUUCUUCGUGAUGGAGUACGUGAACGGUGGGGACCUGAUGUAUCACAUCCAGACUGUUGGUCGCUUCAAGGAACCACACGCCGUUUUUUAUGCAGCAGAAAUAGCGAUUGGUCUCUUCUACCUCCAUGACCAUGGCAUCAUCUACAGAGAUCUGAAGUUGGACAACGUGCUCCUUGACUCUGAGGGACACAUCAAGAUCGCGGACUUUGGAAUGUGCAAGGAAAACAUUUUUAAUGGGGCUACCACCAGGACCUUCUGUGGAACCCCUGACUACAUCGCCCCAGAGAUUAUAACCUACCAACCCUACGGCAAGUCUGUUGAUUGGUGGUCUUAUGGGGUCUUGCUGUAUGAGAUGCUCGCAGGACAGCCUCCGUUCGAUGGGGAGGACGAGGACGAGUUAUUCCAGUCUGUGCUGGACCGCACCGUGUCGUACCCCAGGAGUCUCUCCCGAGAGGCCGUGUCGAUCUGCAAGGGGCUGAUGACGCGGAACCCUUCCCGUCGGUUGGGCUGCGGAGCGGACGGCCAGCGGGACCUCUGCGAACAUCCGUUCUUUCGGCGGAUCGACUGGGAGCGGCUGCGGAAGCUGGAGGUGCAGCCGCCGUUUAAACCCCGGCCAUCCGGGAGGAAUGGUGAGAACUUUGACAAGUUCUUCACUCGAGGGGCUCCCACUCUGACACCACCCGACCAGCUCCUGCUCCUCAGCCUCGACCAGGAGGAGUUCAGCGGCUUCUCGUUCAUCAACCCAGUCUUCCCAAGCCCCCCCCAGCGCGGACCCCUGCCCCAGGGAGUGUGAGGGUCUAUUGCUCUCUCCUCCACCCAGGGACUCCCUCCCCUCCUCCCCACCCCACUCCUCACCCCAACUGAAGGAUGGAGGGAGCCUCCAUACUGUGUGCACCCCUAUGCUCUUCUCUCUGCCUGCGCUGGUCUGUGAAAACACAUUCAGAUUCAAAUUUCGUUAUCACGCAUACAGUGAAAUGCAUUGUUUGCUUUAAUGACCAGUGUGCCCGGGACAGCCCACAGGCGCAGCCAAUAUAGCUUACCCACAACGCUCGAAAGGACGCCAUAAGCAGCAAGCAUCAAAACGACAGCCCGCUUACACACAGGCAGGCCUCUUCGACUCCCCCCCCCCCCAGGCUCGCUAAUGACGGGACCCCAAACUCCAGGCAUCAAAUCA